GCACUAUUGCUUUUCUCGCCAUAACAUUAUUUUCCCCCUCUGUAAAACUAAAAGAAUCUACGUUCUUAAUUUCCCUUGUCACUCUCCACUUCAAAAUUCUAGGGUUUUGCCAAAUUCAAAUUCCAUUCUAAUUUCCCCAAUUCGCUGAUCAUAAAUAUAUCGACGAAAAUGUAUUGUCAAUUUCCGGCUUGGCAAUUCGAGCCAUUUCGAUAGCUUUUGCUGUUGAAUUUUCUCACUAAUUCGUUAAGGUAAUGACUUAUUAAGCUUAUGGUUCGUUUCAAUUUAUAGAAUUACAUUUGUAGCCCUCCGUAGGAUGUACAUGUUCUGAUUUGUAUCCAAAAGAUUGCAAUUUUAGCCACAUUUUUGUGUAGUUUUACUGUUGGUUUACCAUUUUGUGACAUGAUUAAGAAUAUUUUGGGGAAGCUUCCUAGGAAGCCUUCAAAAUCAUCAUCAUCGAACGAGUCGAAUCAUAAUGAAGUUUCAGCAUUUUCAUCGGUGAACUCGAAUUCGAACAGUUAUGGGGUUACUAAUAAUAGUAGUAAUAACUCAAAGGGGUUGGGAAAUACGGGGAAAAUGUCGAAUUCGACGAGUUUUGGAACGUCUCAGGUUACUAAUAAUGGGAAUCAAGGGAACAAAACGGUUCGGGUUAAUGGGCAGGUGGGACCGUCGGUUAUGAACUCUGCGUUAUCGUAUGAGGUUUUGCCGAGUUUUCGAGAUGUCCCGAGUGCAGAAAAGCAGAAUCUUUUGAUUAGGAAGUUGCAAAUGUGUUGUGUGUUGUUUGAUUUUGGCGACCCUACGAAGAAUUUGAAGGAGAAGGAUGUCAAGAGACAGACAUUGCUUGAAUUAGUUGAUUAUAUUUCAGCUGUGAAUUCCAAGUUUAAUGAAGUCACAAUGCAAGAACUAACGAAAAUGGUUAGUGUGAAUUUGUUUAGGACAUUACCCUCGUUUAAUCAUGAUAAUGGGCUACUGGAUAUGUUUGAUCCAGAAGAGGAUGAACCCACUAUGGAACCCUUGUGGCCUCACCUUCAGGUUGUUUAUGAGCUCCUUUUGCGAUUUGUGGCUUCAUCGGAGACGGAUGCUAAGCUUGCAAAAAGAUACAUUGACCACUCUUUUGUCUUGAGAUUGCUCGAACUGUUUGAUUCAGAGGAUCAACGUGAGCGUGAGUACUUGAAAACAAUUCUUCAUCGGGUAUAUGGGAAGUUCAUGGUGCAUAGGCCUUUUAUCAGGAAAGCGAUAAAUAAUAUAUUUUACAGGUUUAUCUUUGAGACUGAGAAGCACAACGGAAUUGCAGAAUUGCUGGAGAUCUUGGGCAGUAUAAUCAAUGGAUUUGCUCUGCCUUUAAAGGAAGAGCACAAGCUUUUUCUUGUCCGUGCAUUGAUUCCCCUUCACAAACCUAAAUGUGUAGCCAUGUACCACCAACAACUCAUGUAUUGCAUCACGCAGUUUGUUGAGAAAGACUUCAAGUUGGCAGACACCGUGAUCAGAGGACUUUUGAAGUACUGGCCAGUAACCAAUAGCGGCAAGGAGGUCAUGUUUCUUGGUGAGUUGGAGGAAGUUCUGGAAGCUACUCAAGCUGCAGAGUUUCAACGGUGCAUGGUUCCUUUGUUCCAUCAGAUUGGUCGUUGUCUCAAUAGCUCUCAUUUUCAGGUGGCUGAACGUGCUCUGUUCCUGUGGAAUAACGAUCACAUAAGAAAUCUAAUAAUCCAGAAUCGUAAAGUGAUCUUACCCAUAAUUUUUCCACUCUUGGAGAAAAACACCCGUGGUCACUGGAACCAAGCUGUUCAAAGUCUGACGUUGAAUGUAAGGAAGAUCUUUUCAGAUGCUGAUCAAGCACUUUUUGAUGAGUGUUUAGAGAAAUUCCAAGAAGAUGAGAUGAAAAGCAAGGAGACACAGGAGAGGCGGGAAUUGACCUGGAAACGCUUAGAAGAUGUAGCAGCUUCCAACUUUGUGACUAAUGAAGCUGUGCUUGUCUCUAGAUACGCUUCUUCUGUUGUCAUUGCCAACAGCUCCAAUUAGCGACAAAUUUGGGUAGUUGAACCAUAAAUGUAGGCCCAAGAAUUGUAUUUUGUUACUUGGUGCCAACAUCCAUGGUGUGUUAAGCUUAGCAGCCAGAUGAUGAAGGUGAUAAUGGUUUUUGUGGAUAGCAAGUUUCUCUUAUUUUUCUCUUCAUUUAUGCUUUUUUUUUUUUUUUGGGCGGUGAGAAGGGUGCAGGUGCUCGGCUUAUUGCCUUUUGCCCCAUCUGCGUGGGGGCUUUUGUACUAUAAAUAUUUAAGGUCUCAGAUGUAGGACCUCUUGGGAUUUCUGAUAAUAUUUAUUUGGUUAUAUUUAUCAAAAAAAGAAAUAUUAUUUUAUUGUUC